AGCAAGAAAAGUCAAGCGUCUCGUUCCAGAAUGAAGUGGAACUAUUUUUCAUAAACAGUCAGAACUUGAUAAUGUUUCCUACUCGAAUUUUCUUUAUGUGAAUUGUUUGGUUUAAAGUUGGCGAAUAUUUUAGUACUAUAAUAUCAACGCACCGAUGGACGUCGAUGUUAUUCAGAAGCUGGCGUUGGCCGUAGAUCCACCGGAUGAUUUUUUCGAUCCUAAUUUGCAGCCAGAAACGGGAGAGCAGUACUUGCAGAAAGUGAUAUAUGAACGAAACCAUUGUCCAGCUGUCGUGGUUGUGAAACCGAGCUCUGAACGAAAUCAACAAGCUAAAAAUCUUAGCGGAACGGGUGCCAUACCAGCAGAUCAAGUAAAAAAUAUCGCACCCCAGGCACUUAUUCCGACCAGGGAAUGGGAGUCUAUUCAAAAUAAGCAGUUCGCCGAGCUGCGUAACACUAUUACCAGCUACAGAGGUAGCUCGCAUUACCGGGAUAACUUGGAGAAAACUCACGUUUUCCUAAACUUUGAAAACCGCAAACAAAUGCACGAUUACUGUGCCAACAAUCAGCCAUUUGUUCGUGUGCUUCUCAGCAUACCGCAGCGCAAUUUGGAAGUACUGCUCGAGUAUCUCUACGAGUGGCUCCAGGGUGAACAGUCGACCGAUGAGCAGCAGAUCGAGUGCAGGUGUUACAGAAAAGACUGGAUAACGCAGUGGAUCUACGCGCUGCUGGCGUGUGUCAUCACUCCCCUGGAACCGUACAUUCACAGUAUUUUGCGCGACAUUGCGAAAACUUGCAUCGCCAUACGGAACGAGCUUGCGGCAGAAGACGAACUCAAGGUACUUCCACUGAAUCUGCUGAUCUGUAUUAUAUCUAAGAAUUUCAACCAGUUCGAUCUGAGCGACAACAUGGAGUAACUGCGUACAAAAUAGUUUUGUGUUAGGCCACUUAAAAUGAGAUUUGAAAGAGAAGAAAAAAAAACUACGUUUUUAAAAAAACCGCUGUUCAGUUGACAAAUGCCGAAUUCCAUUUUAUCUCUGCACCAAAA